AUGUCCCGACCUCGCGAUGGCUCAGAAUACGCCCAGGUGCUGCGAAUGCUGGGUAAUGGAAGGUUAGAGGCUCAGUGCUUUGACGGAGAAAAGCGGUUGGCUCUCAUCCGUGGAAAGAUGAGGAAGAAGGUGUGGAUCAACACUGGAGACAUCAUUCUGCUAUCACUGAGGGACUUCCAAGAUGAGAAGGCAGACGUGAUUCAAAAGUACACUCCGGACGAAGCGCGAGACUUGAUCAAGCACGGCGAGAUCCCAGCAACAGCAAAGAUCAACGAGGCCGACGCAGGAGACGAUGAGGGCGGAGAGGUGCAGUUCGAGGAGGACUCGGGAGAGGAGGACGACGAGGAUCUCGAUGACCUCUAG